UGAGGAAAGAGGAUCUGGUCCAGAGACACGUGGCUUUCACUUGUUGAGAACCUUUAGCCAGAGCCUGUAUGCGUAUUUUAGUUUUAUUCUUUUUCCCGUGCCCCCAGAGCCACGGUGUACCUGCUGUUGCUCUCAAGACUCUUGCCAACAGUGGCAUCUGCUCGGUGUAGCCAUCAAGAAUUUGAAUGUCAAUAUCUUUGCCUUGAAAUGAAUGGAAAAGUAUUUGUCACUCAGCGGCAAUCAUUCUUCAAAUAAAAGGUCACUGGAAGGACUGAGCGCGUUCGGGAGCCUGGAGGAACUCAUCUUGGACAACAAUCUGCUCGGGAACGACCUCGCGUUGCCAGGGUUACCCAGGCUCCAUACCUUAACCCUCAACAAGAACCAAAUCACUGACUUGGAGUGUCUGCUCGAUCACCUGGCGGAAGUGACACCAGCUCUGGAGUACCUCAGCCUGCUGGGUAAUGUGGCGUGUCCCAAUGAACUAGUCAGCUUGGAAAAGGAUGAGGAAGACUACAACAGAUACAGAUGCUUUGUUCUGCACAAGCUGCCCAAUUUAAAGUUUUUGGAUGCCCGGAAAGUAACCAGACAAGAACGAGAAGAAGCUUUGGUCAGAGGGGCGUUCAUGAAGGUGAUAAAGCCCAAGGCUUCCAGUGACAGUAUUGCUGCCUCUCCGGAGUGCCACUAUACACCUCUGCCUUCUGCUUCCAGGGAACUCACCAGUCACCGAGGUGUCCUGGGGAAAUGUCGCUAUGUUUACUAUGGGAAAAACUCAGAGGGCAACAGGUUUAUCCGAGAUGAUCAGCUCUGAAGGCAAGUUCUGUAUGCCUUAACCUCUGUCGUGAGAAUAAAAGAAAAAGAGAAAGUGAAAAUAAAGAAAAGCUAAAGAAAAAA